ACAUGCCUAAUAGCAAUUUAUUUUUUCACUAUAUAAGCAUAUAUUCUCCUUAUCUAUUAGAGUAGAUAAAUGGCUUGGUCCACACGUACAAAAAUAUAAAAAAUAAAAAGCCUUGCUUUCCAAGCUUAUUUUAAAAAACAAGAUCAACCCCCUUUAAUAUAAAUAAAUAUCAAAGGCAAACAACUAAAGCUCUUCAAAACCAUAUUUUCUUAUUUUUUCUGUUCUCUGAAAUUUGGAGAGAAAAUGAAGAGAGAGGGUCGUCAACAUGGGAUGGUUCGGACCUUAAGAAUCCUACCCUCACCGUUAAACCCAAGACCCGAGACCCGUUUCGUGAACCGGUUCGAUUCCCCAGCCACAGCGGGGCUGUUCACUCGGGUCUCCACCAAACCCACGGGCCACUCUAAAUUCACGGGCAAGUGCGGGCAGCCACGUUGCAACGGGUGCCACUUGCAUCCGACGUGUAAAGCCAAGGAUAAGACCAAAGGCAAUAUGAAGCUCAAGUCAAACGACGUCGUUUCCAAUCACAGGUUGCUGACUUGGCGAGUCGUCGAUGGCCGAACUGGGUUGAAUAAUGUUUCUGGGUUCUCUGCCACUCAGAUCUUGGAUCAACUCUCCGAUUUCCAUGAAGAUGAUGAUGAUGAUGAAGAACAAGUAGAAAGUGGUUAUGGUUAUGAUUAUGGUCCAAAUAAUGCUAAUGAGCCUAUUAGGAUUGAUUUAGAGAUCGAUGAUGAAACAGGGGUUGAGAAUAUCAUCAAGAAUAAUGAUGAUGAUGAUGAUGAUGAAAAAGAAGAAAGAAUGAGCUUUUGUGAUGUGGGAUUUGUGUUGGAACAAGAAGAAGAUGAUGGUUGGUGCUUGGUGGGAGAAAUGUGAUAUAAUUAUAUUAAUAUAUCAUUAAUUGUUGUUUAUAUUUUUCAUUGAUAUAAUAUGUAUGUUCCAAUUGUGUGUGUGUGUUAAUAAUAAGGAAUCAUUAUAUCUUUCUCUU